CAGAGUUAUCUGGUCAAGGUUUAUCGAUAAGUGGCGUUGGCCUGAGAGCUGGCCGAUGACUCUCAAGGGCUUCGACUCAGCCGGUGAACCAAGUCACAGAGAAGAUCCUAUAAAGCGCCCAGAUCUAGCAUGAUUCUACCUCCUUUCUCUUCUUUCAUAUCUAGAUUAUUCACCGCAAACAAAAGUUUCCUGGGAUUCCAUCCUUACGCACAACCGUUUGCAUUAACUUGGUCGAUGAUCUAGUGAAGUCAUCGUUUGCUUCCACGACCUCACUCCGGAUUCUUCUCCUCCCUGGAGUCAGACUAAACGAAUGCGACAAUGACUAGCAAACCCGCAAAACAACUACCGCACGAGAGGCGGAAAGGUGAGGCCGCGUUAAGCGACUUUGCCGAGUACGUCGAGAAGCAGCAGGCGCUCCGCUACCCAAGCUCCAAGCAAGCGCAAACAACGGCGGCGGCCGCGGCAGCAGCAACGAAGAGUGGCCAAGGCGAGGUUGAGCACCACGAGGAGCUUGAUGACAUACUCAGCAGCUUGGAUCUCUCUGACCCGACCCCCCGUGUGAGGUUACGAGAGCUCCUGCUCUCCCCUGACGGUGACGCCGAGGCUCUCCAACGAUUAGCCGACGUCCUGAAAGAACGGCUAUUGGAGGGCCAUGGAGAGACCGUUUUCGACGUUGGCUUUGAGAACAGUGGCGAAGGCAUGAAGUUAUCGCGAGAGGAGUGGGACGCGGCACACAGGCGGUUAGCGGAGGCGGCCAAGAAGCUCGGAGCCGACACUCAACUACUAUUAACGAAAAACGUGGGCGGUGAUCUUGAUGGGGCGCCGACCAAAGAUGGAGACUGCAGCGGGAAGGUCAUGAUUCGCCAGGCGCCGGACACGGUCGAGGAGGUCAUCGAGACGAGGAUAGCUGUUGUUGGGAAUGUCGACGCCGGCAAAAGCUCCAUGCUUGGUGUUCUUGUUAAGGGCGACCUGGAUGACGGCCGUGGCAAGGCACGAGUCAACCUUUUCCGACACAAACAUGAGAUCGAGACGGGGCGGACGUCGUCCGUCGGUAUGGAGAUUAUGGGGUUUGACACAACUGGUCAAGUUGUCGUCUCGGACACACCGGGACGCAAGUUGUCCUGGGAGGAGAUCGGCAAGCGCAGCGCCAAAGUCAUCACUUUCACCGACUUGGCGGGCCACGAACGCUAUCUCCGUACCACGGUGUUCGGGCUUUUAUCUAGCAGCCCGAAUUACUGCCUGCUCAUGGUUGCGGCCAACAACGGCCUCAUUGGCAUGAGCAAAGAGCACCUCGGCAUCGCACUUGCCCUAAACGUGCCAGUCAUGGUGGUCAUCACCAAAAUCGACAUUUGCCCGCCUCAGAUCCUGGAGCAGACCAUCACACAAAUAACACGAAUCCUGAAGAGCCCCGGGGCAAGGAAAAUACCCAUCUUCAUCAAGAACCAUGAAGAGUGCAUCAACACGGCCACCCAGUUUGUGAGCCAGCGGAUAUGCCCCAUCUUCCAGGUGUCAAACGUGACAGGUGAGAACCUUGAUUUGGUCCGGUCGUUCCUCAACAUCCUCCCGCACCACGGCCGCUAUGAUGCCGACGCCGCUUUCGAGUUCCAUAUCAACGACACCUUCAGCGUCCCUCACGUCGGGACGGUAGUCUCUGGUAUUGUCAAGUCUGGCGUGAUACACGCCGGAGACGACGUCCAGAUCGGGCCGGAUUCACUGGGCCGCUUCACGCAGACCUCGAUUCGCUCCAUCGAGAGGAAAAGGAUAGGCGUGCCCGCGGCAUCGGCUGGCCAGUCGGCCUCGUUUGCUCUCAGGAGGAUCCGGAGGAAAGACGUACGCAAAGGGAUGGUAGUGCUGUCUAAAUCGGAUGGAGCCCCCCCUAAGGUGUACCGCGAGUUUGUGGCCGAAGGUACUUCUGCUAGUCCCCGUAUCGCGUAGCAUGUCGCAUGCUGACCCCCUUUAGUGCUCAUAUUGUCACACGCAA